AUGUCUACCGCAACAGCUUUAGAGACUACAAAUGCUGAAAGAAAAUUUGUGAAUACGUAUCUAGAAUUGAUGCAAUUAUCCAAAGCUGAAUCGUUAGAUAAAUUCAAUUCAACGCAAGAUUACAAUAAUUUAUCAUCGUUGGGUCCAAGUUUGCCUAAAUGUAUUUAUAAAUUCCCCGAACCACAAAAUGUAACAGAGGCAACGGAAUCUAGGGUGAAUUUGAAAUUUAAAUCGAUUAAACCACCAUUCAAAUUCCAAACUGAAUUGACAAACAUUCCUGUCAAUUUCACCAUCUACAAGGUAAAAGCGCAAUUGAUCGAAUCAUUGGAAGUUUUACACAAUGCUGGAGUCACUGCAAAAGAUUUGAAAUUGAUGGUUAAAUCAAAAGUUGCUCAAGAUACUGCGGUUUUGUCAACUUUAAUAAAUCUGGAAGAACCAAUAAGUUUCAAUUGUAUGGUAUCAGCACCAACUGGGGUAAAACCUGUUGCUAGUUCCACCAGGACUGACGAAGAUGAUCCUGAAGUGGAAGCUGCUUCCGAUGCUGUGUCUACAACUGCUACUACUAUUGGUAUAUCUGAAGCUGGUUGGAAUAAAAUAUAUGAAAUUAUAUUACAAGAUAUAAAAGAUGCCGGUAAAGCUAAGGAAUUAUUAACCAAAUUGAAACAAAGUGUAUAA